AAAAAAUCCAGUAUAGUUGUAGAUCUGGAGACAUCAAAGUGUGAGUGAAGGUAGAAUAUUAAAAUAACUCCUAAGUUGACCAAUGCUAGCUGUCUUUGCUACUAAUAAAACCCAAAACCAAAUAACCCAAGAAAAGCAGGCAAAAACAGAGCAUUUUGAGAGAGAAAGAGAAGCAGCAAUGGAGGGGGUGAGAGGAGGCAGAAUGAUGGUGGUCGUGGCAGUUCUCGCUUGUGCCAUGAUGGUGAUGGUGCCGGAGGUGGAGGCUGUAAGGUGGAUUGUGGGAUCAGACAAGGGGUGGAAUACCAAUGUGAACUACACCAUCUGGGCUCAGGACAAGCACUUCUACAAUGGAGACUGGCUCUUUUUUGUGCAUGAUAGAAACCUGAUGGAUGUUCUGGAGGUGAACAAGACAGACUAUGAGUCAUGCAACUCCGACCAUCCACUUAAAAAUUGGACAACUAAAGUUGGAAGGGAUGUGGUUCCACUGAACGAGACACGGCCGUACUACUUCAUUAGUGGCAAAGGCUUCUGCUAUGGAGGCGUGAAGCUAUCUGUCCUUGUUGAGAACCCACCUCCCCCUCCCACCGCCUCCCCAAUAACGAGUUCCUCUCCACGUUCCAUUUACAGAGGCCAGAUCGUCUUACCUGUUGUUUUCGCCAUUGGCACCAUGUGGGAUGCAUUUAUCUGGUUCUGGUAGUCAACAAACCGGCCAUCCAUGCAUGCAUCAUUUUUUAUCAGGAUUUCACAGACAUUAAUUAGUUCCUUCAUCCAUUCUAUAACAAAUUGAGUCAUCUUCAACUUGUUUCUUGGUUUUCUUGAUCAUGUGGUUGUUGAAUAGAAACUUACUUAUGGACAAGAGAACAUUAUUUUGCGGUUAGACUUAUGCAAACUGCUCUUUAUUUUUAUGUUAGGGAUAAUGUAUUUUUUUAAGGUAGUGAAAUUAUUAAAUUGAGUGUUGUUUG